GCUUUUAACAGAGAAGUUCAGUAGAAAGUAUUGUGAUUGUGAGUAACGGAAUUUUAUUACAAAGUAAAAGAAUGACGAGCAAAGGAAAAUCUAGUUCUAAAGUUGCAUCAGAUAAAGUGAAAACGGAAUCUACCACUCAAAGCAGUGGAACUCGUAAGAUGAGUCCGGCAAGAACGCCGAAAAGUCCUGGAAGAACAAAAAGUCCUGCUAGACCGAAAAGUCCAGUAAGACCAAAAAGUCCAGUCAGAAGGAAGAGUCCAGGCAGACCAAGAAGUCCUGCAAGAACAAAAAGUCCAGCUAGACAAAAAAGUCCAAAUAGAACAAGUCCCGCCAGAACUAAAUCUGAGACUAAGACAAGACUUCCUACUCCUACCAGAACUGAAAGGGUAAAAAGCCCAUCUAGAGUUAAAAAUGCGACUGCUGCCCCAAAAACAUCUACUCCUAUUCCGCUUGUAUCAAAGAGAUCUCCAAUUAGAAGUACUAAUGAGUUGCUUACUGAUAAAGAAAAAGAGAUACAACCUAAGAAACAAAAAAUUAUUGUUGAUACUGACACUGAUUCUGACAAUGCAGACAGUAUCCAAGAAAUUAAGGAAAAACCAAAAGCUACUGUUCGAGGGCGAACUAGGAAUACAGAUAUUGAAGAUAAAGAUAUUGAAGACUUGAAGAAAAUUAGUGGUGCAGAACCUAUAGAUGCAGUUGGUCUUAAGCGAAGGUUUACACGCUCUUCUCAAAAUAAAGAUAUUGAGAGAAUAGUUCAUCUAAAACACUUUGACUCAGUCACCAUUACAAAACGUCUAGGUGAAUUUUCUGAUGAUGAUGAACUAAUUGAGAAAAAGUCCCAAAAAGAAAUUGAUGAAUAUGUUGGAAACAAACAAUUUGUUGAAUUUGGUGGUAUAUAUGGUGCCUUAUUAUUGAUUCCAUUAAUACCUUUGUCUGUAAUAACUCUGUAUACUUUUUGUACAGAAUCUCGUUGUUCCUUUUUGGGUCAACCAAGCUUACAGCAUUUAAGAUUGUAUUCUACAUUCUUUGACGCUAAAUCCUUAUUGGGUAUUGCUGGCUAUUUUCUUGUACUUGCUCUCUUAAGUGCUAUUCCUGCAGGAGGUGCCAAAGUUAGUGGCCUUCCCAACAAAUACAGUAAAUUUGAUUAUGUAUUAAAUGGAUUACUGAAUUUCUUAAUAUUGUUCUUUAUAUUUCUGGGAUUACAAUUUAAAAAAAUUGAUGUAGCAUCCUACAUUGUUGAUCAUCUGUUCCAAUUUUUGAUUGGUUUUAUUUCAUUAGGAAUCAUAACAUCAGUUUUUACAUAUGUUAGGAGCUUUUAUGUACCAAUUAGUGCUCUCAAUAAAUUUGCUGUUGGGAAGAGCCGGAUGUAUGGAUUUUUCAUUGGCAGGGAAUUGAAUCCACGAUUAUUUUCAGUAGUUGAUUUGAAGCUGCUGUUUUUUAGAGCAUCUCUUAUAGCUACAAUAUUCAUCGAUUUGGCAUUUCUCUCAAAAACUUUGGAACCCACAUUUAAAAUUGAAAAUUCAGAUAAUACAUUUACAAUUGCUCCAAAACUACUAUCCAUUAAACCUACCGUCCUAACAUUCACUCUCCUUCACGUUUAUUACUUCCUUGAUUCUAUAAUUUUCGAAUCAACCUGGUUGACUUCUUUUACCCACCAACAAGAAGGAUGUGGAUAUCUGCUGGUUAUGUCAUACUGUACCUCUCCAUUCUUCAAUGCACUCUUGAUGAAGUACGUCAUAGAAAAUAAUGUAGAAUUACCGACGUGGCAAUUGGUAAUUUGUGGACUGGUGUAUGCUGUUGGAUUAUUCAUAUACAGAAAAAGUAACAAUUUGAAGGGUGCUUUUAGGAAGAAUCCUUACAGUCCUGGGCUAUCUAGUUUGGAAACAAUUCCGACUUCUCAAGGAAAGAAGAUAUUAGCUUCUGGUUUAUGGGGACGUAUCAGACAUCCAAACUAUGUCGGAGAUAUUAUCAUUCAUCUGGCUUGGAUACCUUUUGUCUUAUGCACUUUGCCACUCGUUACAAUUGCUUUGACAAUCUUAAUUUUGUUACACCGAUCAAUACGAGAUAACUCACACUGUAAACAGAAAUACGGAGCAGCAUGGGACAGGUACCGCAACAGAGUUAGAUAUGCACUGUUGCCAAAGGUAUAUUAACAGAAAUAUGAUUUUUUGCUGUUGUCAUUAUUUUUAUGAGUUAUAAAAAGGUAAUUAUAAAACAUACAAUUUCUGUAGUGAGGUUGGAAUUAUUAUAAAUAAAAAUGUUUUGUUUAGUGUGUAUGUGAGUUUAGCAGAAUAAUAAAAAAAAUCUGUACGAGUGAUUUAUUAAGGUAC